AUGGGGACGGAGGAGGUGCCUCCUGGGGACUGUGCUGCUAGCUGGGCUGAUUUUUGGGUGGUGGUGGAGAUGGAGGAGACUGUGGAAGGUGAGACUGAGUUAGGGGGAAAAGUUGAGCCCAGUUCCUCUCCUGGUCACUCUGUACAACAGGAGUCAGAAGAACCAAGAGCAACGCUACUUUCUUCCAAGCCGGACAUUGAUCUCUCUCCACCUCUCAUUGCUAUAAAAAAAGGUAAGGGAGAAAAUAUAGACACAGAAAGUAAGUAUCGUAGAUGCGGAGGGGACCUGAAGACAAGGAGCACUGAGCUAGGAUCUCCUGUCACAGGAUCACCUUUGACUGCUGUUCUUCCGACAACUGGUAAGAAAAGUAUAGUACUUUCCAGUGAAACUAGGAAAGAACUAGCCAAGCAAGCCAAAGUCACCAAAAAGGAGAGAAGAGCUCAGUUAGAUGAAAGACACAAGUAUUUGAUAUCAAGAUUAGCAGAUGGGAUAGGCUUAAGUGAGCAGCAAGUGGAGGAAGCCAUUAUUUCUGAUGACAAAUUUCAAUUUAUAGAACAAUUCUUUGCCCCUAGUGGACUUAAAAAGUUGCUCUUCUUUUACCAAGAUGUAUUACAGCAAAAAUUGAAUGCACCAUUGAGGUCAGAUGGGUCAGCGAACAGUUUGCUUCAGAAGAAGUUAUUUAUUACCAUGGGUUCUACUGAGAAUUUUACAGGAACUUGUGCCUUUUUCCUAAGGACAUCGGAUAAAGUUAUAACUGCAUCAAAUGUUUCCCAGGAGGUAAAUUUUGGAAUAUUUGAUUGCACUAAUGGCAAUAUCCUUCAGGGCCUGGAAUUCUUCUUGUCCCAAAUCAUGAUACCAGCACUUAAAUCCCAACAGAACUGGGGAGCAGUGAAAGAAGGCUUGAAGAACAGCCAGAUACAAGACUUUCUGUAUUUGGUGGAUAAAUUUGUGGGUACUUUGUCAUCAUCAAGACAGAAUAUAGAAGAUAAAAUUCAGCUCACAAAAGUGGAUAUUGAUAUUUAUGUCAACAACUUACAGAACCCAUCUGACUACAUAACUGCAGGCAGUAACACAGAUGUCACUGAAAAACUUGAAGAAGUGGUCAUGAUUUGGAUUAAACAGAUCAAACAAGUUUUAGUGGAGAGUGAACAAAUGAGAAGAGAAGCUGAUGACAUUGGUCCAUCUGCAGAGCUGGAACACUGGAAGACAAGAAUGUCAUCAUUUAACAGCCUUUUAGAUGAGAUCAAGAGUUCGAGAGUAAGGAAAAUUAUAAGUAUUCUUCAGGCAGCAAGAUCAAAGGCAUUAAAGCAGUGGAAAGAGCUGGAUGGUAGUAUAACAAUGGCUGCCAAUGAAGCUAAAGACAACGUGAGAUAUUUAUAUACAUUGGAUAAAUUUUUUGGUCCACUUGCCAAAGCCUCACCUGUAACAAUGAUGGAACAUGUACCCAGUUUAAUGAAUACUGUCUGUAUGAUCUACUGUACAUCACCAUACUACAACACAUCAGAGCGCAUGACAUCUCUUCUUCUUAAAAUCACUAAUCAAAUGAUUAACACAUGCAAGAUGUAUUUAUGUGAAGGUGUUUCAAAAAUCUGGGAUCUGGACAGGCAAGAAUUGCUAAAGAGGAUACAACAAUGCAUUUCCCUCAAAGAACAGUAUCAAACAUCCUUUCAGAAAAUUAGGGAGACACUAAAGGAAAAUCCAAGUGACAGGCAAUUUGAUUUCAGUGAAAACUAUAUAUUUGGAAAAUUUGAUGCAUUCUGUAAACGUUUGGAGAAGAUUUCAGACAUGAGCAAUAUUAUGGAAAACCUUUUGGAGCUCCAGCAUAUAAAAAUAGAAGGUAUUGAAGAGAUCAGUACUCAUUACCAGAGCAUUGCUACAAACACCAAAUCCAAACAGUACGAUGUUCUGGAUCACAGAAGAAAAGAGUUUGAAAAAGAUUACCUUGAAUUUAAGAACCAAAUUGCAGCAUUGUACGAGUCCAUACAAGAAUAUGUGGAUUCCUGGUUUGAGAAGACUGUAACUACUGAACAGAUGCUGGGACUUCUGAUGAAGCUUGAACAAAUAGGAGAAAAUCAUAUUGAUCUUAAUGAGAAGUAUACCAUUGUCCUUCAGCAGUACAGCCAAGACUUAGAGUUUGUUCAAAAACUCUACCAGAAGCAAAAAGAAAAUCCACCUAUACCACGUAACAUACCACCAGUAACAGGGAAGAUUAUGUGGGCUCAGCAGUUAUACAGAAAAAUUGACCAUCCAAUGACGUUCCUUAAAAAGAAAACCACACUUUUGAAGGUUGGAAAUCUGAAAAAGGUUGUUAAGAGCUACAAUAAAAUGGCUGCAGUUCUUUUGGAGUUUGAACUUAUUUAUCAUAGAGCCUGGUGCAGGUUUGCUGACCAGGCUAGAAAUGCUCUGUGUGCUUCCUUACUUGUCAGGCACCCAGAAACCAAGGAAUUACUUGUAAACUUGGACCCAGUGGUCCUGGAAGUACUUUAUGAAACAAAAUACCUGAAAAAAAUGCAUUUUGAAGUUCCAGAUGUUGUCCUUGGCUUGUGUGCAGAUGAAGAACAGAUUAGAAGACAUCAAAUGGAACUCCAGAAUCUGUUGAUCAAUUACAAAGAACAUUUGAACGGGAUUCCUGUUAUGCUGAAACCGCUGAUGAAACCGUUCAUAGGACAAGUUGAGGAUGCCCUUAGUCCGGGCCUGAUGCAGCUGUCAUGGACUUCCUUGAACAUCAAUAAAUUUAUUAAGAACGUUUACAGUACCCUGAGGGAGUUGGACUAUGUAGUCAAAGAAGCAGCUGAUACCCUGGAAUGCAGAAUUGAAAGAAUUCUAGAGGAUAUGUCAAACACCGCUCUGAUAAUUUUGCCAGAAGAUGAACCUAUGGAUGUGCUUUCUUUCCUGGAACAGACAGAAAAGCUUGCUGUCUCCGCUGCUCACAAACUGUCUCAACAAAGUCAACAAGUGGAAUGCUCUGUGUAUGAACUGGUAGAUAUUCUUAAGGACAGGCUGAAAACAGAUGCUGGAAGAACUCUGGAGGAUUCAUACACUUGUACGCGUCUCGACAUGAAACAUAAAACACGCUGCCAAGAAUGCCUAUCCUGUAGUUACUAUAAUAUGAUAGGACAGCUUUGUCAGAAGAAUACUGACUCUUUAGUCAGAUGCACGAAGAUUUCUUUAGAGUCCUUAAGACACCGACUGCGUGUUGUUGACUCUCGGUAUCAGAGGAUCAAGUAUACAGAGAGACAGAGGGUUCCUUUGUUCCAAGCUGAAAUUCAACUGGCUAUUCCAAAUGUUGUCUUGAGACCAAGUCUUGAAGAUAUUCAGAGUGCUGUAAACAAAGCAGUAAAUAUAAUAUUAUCAAUAGCCAAAGAUAUACCCCUGUGGAAAUUUGCUUAUUUACAUCAUAAACAGCAGCAGAUUGAACAAGCUGUUGCUGUAGAGCUGGGUGAUGAGAGCAAACUUACCAGGAUGGUGGCACUGAAACCUUUAGACAAACAGAUCAUCGAGCAUAAAGAUGUAAACAAAGUGGUGAUCCAACUAAGUACAAUUAUUUUAUCUCUCAAAACUGAAGCAUCGGAUCUUCUGAACAGGUUUUCUGAAUUUUCAGGCGUCUGGAACAAGGAUCCAGAGGAAAAAGUGAGAGAAUUUGUAGAUACUAAACCAACAAUGGCUGAAUUCCAAACUCAAAUCAGAUACUUUUCUCAAUUAGAAAUGCAAAUCAGAGAACUGCCAAAUCACUGUGUACUGGAAUCACUGGAUAUUGCGACAGAGUCAUUGAAAAUAGCCUUAAUUCAGAAAACAAGACAAAGAACAUUUGGAUUAGCUUUGAAUAAAAAGUCUGCCACAGACAUGGAUGAAAUUUAUUCAUUCAUUGAAAAUGUUAGCAAGAGAUUGAGCAAACCUGUCCAUGACCUUGACGAUGUACGGGGAGCAAUGGAAGCACUAAAGGAAAUUCGAGAGAAUGAGAUUAAAAUUGAUACAACAGUUGGACCUAUAGAAGAAUCUUAUUCUGUGCUUCAUAAAUACAAUCUGCUCUUUCAAGAUGGAAAUACAGAAAGAGUUGAUGGAUUGGCUUAUGCUUGGAAGAACCUAAACACACAGGCACUGCAGGUUGAGGACUUGCUGCUGAAGGUACAGCCAGACAUGAAAACAGAUUUACUGAAUGGUGUUCAAAAAUUCCAGAUUGAUACUGCAGAAUUUUACAAAGAUUAUUAUGAAAAGGGCCCAAGUGAGGAGAACAUUCCUCCCCAUGAAGCAAGUGACAGAUUACAAAUCUUUCAAGCCAAAUUUGAUGAACUCUGGAGGAAGUAUAUCUCUCUUUCUGGUGGGGAAGAAUUAUUUGGUCUUCCUAUCACAGAGUAUCCUGAACUGCACAAAAUUAAACGUGAGAUUUCAUUGCUUCAGAAACUUUACAGUCUUUAUAAUUCAGUUACUGCUAAUAUCGAUGGAUACAAUGAAAUUCUUUGGAAUGAUUUAAAUAUUGAAAAAAUUAACAAUGAACUUCUGGAUUUUCAAAACAGAAUCCGUAAGUUACCGAAAGCAUUGAAGGAAUGGCAAGCUUUCCAAGACCUAAAAAAAAAAAUUGAUGACUUCACAGAGAGCUGUCCUUUGCUUGAAAUGAUGGCAAACAAAGCAAUGAUGUCACGACACUGGGAAAGAAUUACACAAGUAACUGGACAUCGAUUUGAUGUUGACUCUGAAAAUUUCACUUUGAAAAAUGUAAUGGAUGCCUCUUUAUUAAAAUAUAAAGAAGAUAUUGAGGAUAUCUGCAUCGGUGCUGUUAAAGAAAAGGAUAUUGAUGCAAAAUUGAAGCAUGUUAUCAGUGAAUGGAGUACUCAUGCUUUCAUUUUUGGCCAAUUCAAAACUCGAGGUGAACUCCUUCUGAAAGGAUCAGAUAUACUAGAGAAAAUAGCUUUGGUGGAAGAUAGCCUCAUGAUAUUGGGGUCGCUCAUGAGCAACAGGUAUAACGCACCAUUUAAGUCCACUAUACAACAAUGGGUUCAGAAGUUGACCAAUACUGCAGAGAUAAUUGAAAACUGGAUUACUGUACAAAACCUCUGGAUUUACCUCGAAGCUGUGUUUGUUGGUGGAGAUAUUGCAAAACAACUGCCUCAGGAAGCUAGAAGAUUUCAGAACAUUGAUAAAUCAUGGCAGAGAAUUAUGCAGAGAGCCCAUGAAAUACCGAACAUCGUGCAGUGCUGUGUUGGAGAUGAGACUUUGGCACAGCUAUUACCACAUUUGCUGGAACAAUUGGAAAUCUGUCAGAAAUCACUGACUGGGUAUUUGGAAAAAAAACGAUUACUAUUUCCAAGAUUUUUUUUUGUGUCUGACCCUGCUCUUCUGGAAAUCCUUGGUCAAGCAUCUGAUUCCCACACUAUUCAGGCACAUUUACUAAGUUUGUUUGACAAUGUUAACCGUGUGGGAUUUCAUGAAAAAAACUACGACCAGAUUUUAUUGUUUGAAUCUCAAGAAGGAGAACAGGUCAAUAUUAUUGAACCAAUUUUAGCUCAGGGCAAUGUGGAAUUCUGGUUAGGUCAACUGCUGAAUGGGAUUAGGAAAACAAUCCACACCAUCAUUAGACAGGCAUCAAUGGCCAUUAGCGAUUCAGGAUUUAAGCUGCAUGACUUUCAGGCAAUGUUUCCUGCACAAAUAGGACUUCUGGGAAUUCAAAUGAUCUGGACCAGAGAUGCAGAGAAUGCACUGAACAGUACCAAAACAGAUAAAAAGGUAAUGCACACAACAAAUCAGAAGUUUUUGGAACUUUUAAAUGAUUUGAUUGACAUGACAACACACAAUCUGACAAGAAUGGAGCGCACAAAAUAUGAAACUUUAAUCACCAUUCAUGUACACCAGAAGGAUAUCUUUGAUGAUUUGGUCCGUAUGAACAUUAAAUCUCCAUCUGAUUUUGAAUGGCAAAAACAAUCUCGAUUUUAUUUCCUGGAAGACUUGGAUAAAUGCAUUGUCCAAAUCACUGAUGUAGAGUUCACCUACUGCAAUGAAUACUUAGGGUGUACAGACAGGCUUGUCAUAACUCCCUUAACUGACAGGUGUUACAUCACUCUGGCACAGGCCCUAGGCAUGAGUAUGGGUGGUGCACCAGCAGGACCUGCAGGCACAGGGAAAACAGAAACAACUAAAGACAUGGGCAAAUGCCUGGGAAAGUACGUUGUUGUUUUCAAUUGCUCAGAUCAAAUGGACUACAGAGGACUUGGCCGUAUUUAUAAAG